AUGGUGUCAGUUCUCGAGCAAAUUGUAUCAAGCCCUGGCAGGGCACUGCCAGCAGUCGCCGUCUGCUUUUUUCUGGGAAUCGUAGGCUACGUUGUGUAUCAGGUUUAUUUUCACCCACUGGCUCGAUUCCCAGGUCCAUUCCUGGCUUCUGUGACCGACUUGUGGCAAGUACACCAGUUCUUGUCGCUCAGACAACCAUACAAUUUGACAGAUUUGCACGCCAAGUACGGCCAAUUUGUUCGCUAUGGUCCGGACAAACUCAGCGUCACAGCCGAGGACGCGAUUCCCUCCAUCUACCAGAAAGGAGGGCGAAUGAUGCCCAAGACCGAGUAUUACGAUGCGUUCGGAGCCGCUCAUCCCAACGUGUUCGGGAUGAGAGAUGAAGAGAAACACUCCAUCCGUAGACGUCACAUGUCGCACAGCUUCGCCAUUAGUUAUGUCAAGGAGAUGGAGAAAUAUCUGGAUGAGAAUGUUGUGAUCCUGCGAAAGAAGAUCGCAGCAUAUGCUGAUGCAGGGGAAUCGUUUAACCUCAAAAAGCUUUUGCAGUAUUACACUGUUGAUGUGCUUGGAGAGCUGGCUUUUAGUCAAUCUUUUGGAAUCCAAGUCGCGGACGAUGAGUCCCUGGUUCCACCAGUCAUUGAGCAUAGUCUACUCGCUGCCGUCACUGGAGCAUGGCCCGCGAUGACUUUUACACUGAAGAAGUGGCUACCAAAGGUACCUCAUAAGGGCCUACAAACCCUUUUCAAAGGUAGGGCGGCUUGUGCCACUUUGGCUUCCCGCUGCGUUAAGCGGAGAAUGGCGGCGCUGCAAGAGGCGAAGUUGCAGGAUAAGGAUGAGCAGAGAAAAGACAUCCUGACCAAUCUCAUCCUCGCAAAAGAUCCAGACACUGGGGAGAACCUCACUCAGACGGAUUUAGAAACGGAGGCGUUUGGAUUCAUCAUCGCGGGGACACACACGACUAGUGCAACGACAACACUGUUAUUCUGGAACCUACUUCAUAAUCCAGACACUAUGAAGAAAUGCGUGGAUGAGGUGGAAAGUGAGCUUCCAAAUCUGGGCUCUGAAAAGGUGGCAUAUUCAGUCACUGAAGUAGAAGCGUUGCUGCCUUUUCUUCGCCAAUGUGUCAAGGAGAACUUUCGCCUCACUCCGGUCUUCACUAUGCCGUUGGCUCGGCGAGUCAUGGCGCCUGAGGGCAUUGUCAUUGCGGGGGAGCAUAUCGAACAAGGAACCUCAGUUGCAGUUAGCAACCAUGCAUUCCACCACGACCCCAAGAUUUGGGGCGCCGACCAUAACGUGUUCGAUCCGAACCGAUGGGAGCAGCCAGAGUUCGCUAAGAGAGCGAGGUAUUUAAUGCAUUUUGGCCUAGGCGGGCGGCAAUGCAUCGGCAAGACGGUGGCUCAGACUAACAUCUACAAGUUGGCGAGCACUCUAUUAAGGGAGUUCGACUUCUGUCUAGCAGACGAGGAUGAAAGAGACUCCGUGUCGCGUGGUGAUUACAGGGGCAUUCUUCCGCCGCUCAUCAGCGUCGGCAUCACCACUGUCACUAUUUCCCAAGAUGUCACUUCGCCGGCACCCUCUGAAGCGGCCUCGGGUAUCUUUAGCUUGUACGAACUGCAGGAAAAGGAAAAGCCGCCUGAACUCGAAGCGCAGCUAAAGGCGCAGCGUUCGGAGGAUGGAGAAGGCAUGACGCAGACUUCUGAAACCAGCUCAUCGCCUGUAACCACCGGCAGCCGUUCCAAAGAGCGUCGAAGCAGUACGGCGGUCACCGAGGGUGAUCUCAUCGGCGUAGACGCACUGGCUUCGGGCGCAUUUGAUGAAGCACCAGCGAGUGAUAUCGGCUUUUUUGGCUCCAGUUCGAACCAUGCUCUCUUUCGAGAAGUGUCAAAAGGUUUCUCGCAGCUCGCCAAGCGCCAUCCAACGUCACACUUGCCUGCAAUCAGCCGAGUCCAGGAUAGUGCAGAGCGUUCACAGCCCGAAGGGACACUUUCAGAGCCCCGAAAGACAUCACCGCAUGACACCCAAUCACUGCCGGCUAAUUCCGAGCUUCUGACUUUGUCGGAGAGGUUCUUCGCCACAGUCGGGGCCGCCAUUCCUUGCGUUGAUGAGCCAUCUUUCCUCAGAUACUGGAAGGACUGCUCCAGAGAUGAGUUCAGAGGCAUCCCGCGUACCGCAUACGCUCUUGUGAACAUCGUUCUGGCGCAUGCCUCUGCAACUCUGCCGAACUCGAAAUGUAUCCUGUUCUAUAAUCAAUCUACAGAUCUCUUGGAUAUGCACACAGUCCAAAGCGCAAGCAUCGAGAUAGUCUUUCAACAGAAUCAUCAGCGGUCUAUAGAGAGCUGGACUACCCACAGCUUGGCCGUCAAAGCCGCUUUUCAGCUAGGUCUUCACUCGCCGUCGUAUUAUGAAAACGCCGCUGAGGGCCAGACUCAUCGACUUUUGUGGUACUGCGUUGUAAACCAGGACAGCCGUCUUCAUGCAAUUCGAGGCACGGCACUGGAGCUAUUGUACGAUUGCAACAUCGAUGGCUUGAGUCGACUUGCCCCGAGGGAAGUUAUAACCAAGAGGCUGAACCUGGCAAUGCAAUUGGAUGAGUGGUGCCAGAAUCUAGAUCACUCGCUGCAACUCCUGCAGGACGUCAACAUGGCAGUGUGGCUACCGGAGUCAUGGGAUUCAAACAGAUGGAGCAUCAUUCUUACCAUACAUUACUACGUCACGCAGCUUCUCAUCAACGCCCCUGUGCUGACUAUGGUUUUAGAUGAGACACGAAAGCAAUCAUCUUCCGUUCUCCAUGAGACUGCAAAACAGGUUCUCCAGGGCGACUUUGAGGUUGCAAAAAAGCUUCAAAACACUAUACAAGGCUUACAUUCAUUCGGGGGGUCUUUUAUAGACUGCAACGCUAUUUGGUUUAUUUGCAAUUAUUCUACUUUUACAGUCUCACUCCAUGCCUUUGGCUUCCUAGUUUACCUUGCAGAUGUUCAACACGAUGCAGCUGAGCAAGGCCUCAAUGCGACAGAGGUGCGAUCGCUUCUGAACGACAGCCUCGACAGCCUCCGGCUCAUCGGACGCAAUAGUCUGAUGAGUCAAAAAGCUUGCAAGUGUCUGUUGCGCUUCUUGGAAGUUUUUGAUUCCAUGACAUUCGACACGGGCCUCCCUACUUAUCAGAACACGAAGAACAACACGCUGGAUGUCGAGACGGGAACAGUGACUGAGUCUCUGGCGGAGCCAGUCGAUGGACUCCUGCCAGAUUUUGACUUCUCUCAGUUUAUCACAGACGCAGCUGAUGAAUUCCUGUUCCAAUCAUGGCAGACAUCCCGGCAGUGGUUGUAG